AUGUCGGGCUCUUCUCAAAUAUACCGUUCGAGCACUACUGCUCCUGUCAACAUCGCUGUCAUCAAGUACUGGGGCAAGCGAGAUACAGCACUGAACCUACCGACGAACUCGUCUCUAUCUUUGACACUAUCACAGAAGUCCCUGCGAGCACAUACUACCGCAUCAUGCUCCGAGUCCUUCACCAGUCCCGAUUCGCUCAUACUCAACGGUGAAAAGGAGGAUAUCCAGUCUUCGAAGCGCACGCAAGCAUGUCUGAAGAAUCUUCGCUCUUUACGUGAGAAAUUGGAAGCGAAGGAUGGGUCGCUCCCGAAGUUGUCAAAAUUGACGCUUCGACUCGUCUCAGCGAACAAUUUCCCUACAGCUGCCGGUCUUGCUUCCUCGGCGGCAGGAUUUGCUGCGCUCGUCAGGGCAAUCGCUGACCUCUACGAACUGCCUCAAUCUCCCGAAGAGCUUUCUAUUAUCGCGAGACAAGGAUCUGGCUCGGCAUGUCGAAGUCUCAUGGGCGGAUUCGUCGCUUGGCGCGCCGGGACGAAAGAGGAUGGAAGCGACAGUCUGGCGGAAGAGGUCGCGCCCGUGUCGCACUGGCCUGAGAUGAGAGCAUUGGUUCUGGUUGUCAGUGCUGAGAAGAAGGGCGUCUCCUCGACAGCCGGCAUGCAAACUACGGUCGAGACGUCGACUCUUGCACGGGCAAGGUUCAGUGAGAUUGUGCCUAGACGGAUGAAGGAGAUCGAGAAGGCCAUUCACGAAAAGGAUUUUGAAACGUUUGCUCGCAUCACGAUGCAGGACUCCAAUUCAUUCCAUGCCAUAUGUUUGGAUUCGUGGCCGCCGAUCCACUAUAUGAACGACGUGUCUCGAGCGGCAAUGAAUGCGGUGGAAACUGCGAACCGCAAAGCAGGCAAGCUGAUAUGUGCUUACACCUUCGAUGCUGGUCCGAAUGCGGUGAUAUACUACCUCGAGGAGCACACACAUCAGGCCGCGGGGGUCUUUAAGAGUAUUCUAUCUAGGAUACCUGGCUGGGAAGGCGAGUUCGGAGAGAUGAUCAGACCGAACGAGUUUGGCAGUCUGGAACAAAAGUCACUGAUGACACUUAAGGCUGGUGUGAGUCGAGUGAUUUGCACAGGAGUUGGUGGUGGACCGGAGAAGAUCGAGGAGCAUCUGGUGGAUGAGAAGGGAAUUGCUGUGCCCCACGAAUGA